AUGGCUAUCCUGAGCACCCACCGUAAGCCUCUCAGGCUGAUAUUGUUUGUUGUCUUCGUUUUGGCCCUCUCCUUUUUCACUCUCUCCUCUGAUUACUUCGAGUCGUCAAACCUCGCUCUCUACAUAAAUCACCCGUACGCAUAUGUCCGUAGCAGUUAUGACUGGGCGAGCCGCAAGCAAAGAUACCCUGUCUCAUCGUACGAGACCAUUUCCCAGGACCCUCCCCAUCAGUUGCCCAAAAUACAGUUCGAAUUCGAGGAGGGACAGGGCGUCCAGGAGUCCCGAAGGAAGGAGGUCAAGGACACCUUCAAGAAGUGCUGGCACAACUACAGGAAGUACGCGUGGGGAUAUGAUGAGCUCAAGCCCAUCUCCCUGAUGGGAGCAAAUAGCUUCUCGGGCUGGGGUGCCACGUUGGUCGAUUCUCUGGACGCGUUAUGGAUCCUGGAUAUGAAGCUGGAGUUUAAGGAGGCCGUUCACCAGGUUGUCUCGAUCGACUGGGAUUUCCACCCGGACCACCAGAUAUGCAGUACCUUCGAAACUACGAUCAGAUAUUUGGGCGGCCUCCUCGCCGCGUAUGACCUCAGCAACGAAACGGUCAUCCUGCAGAAGGCGACUGAGCUCGGCGAAAUGCUCUACAGCGCAUUCGAUACCCCGAACCGCAUGCCAGCCAACUCGUUCAACUUCCAGAGGGCCAAGGAGGGCCUGCUUCUCCCCUCCAACCGCGAAAUUUCCGCCAACGUCGGGAGCCUGUCGAUGGAAUUCACUCGGCUUUCGCAGCUGACCGGAGAUCCGAAAUUCUUCGACGCGACCGAGCGAGUCAAGAAAGAGCUCAAGCGGACGCAGGACGGCACAAAACUGCCGGGGCUGUGGCCCACCUUCGUGGAUGUUCAGAACGGCUUUCUUACCCCUGAUAGCUCAUUCACACUCGGGUCCAUGGCCGACUCGCUUUAUGAGUACCUCCCAAAGAUGUAUGCGCUGCUAGGCGGCCUGGACGAAUCCUACAUGGAGAUGUAUGUCAAGGCUGUGAACACGGCAAAGGCCUUCCUCCUCUUCCGGCCGAUGCUGCCGGACACGGAGAGCGACGUCGACAUCCUCUUCUCGGGCACCGUGCUCGCCAACGGCAGGGGGGUCAUCGACCUCAUGCCACAGGGCCAGCACCUGACCUGCUUCGUGGGGGGCAUGUUCGCCCUCGGCGCGAAGCUGUUCGACAUCCAGGAGGACCUCGAGGUCGGCGCUCAGCUGGCGCGCGGCUGCGCCUGGGCGUACCAGGCGAUGCCCACGGGGGUCAUGCCCGAGGAGUUUGGAAUGGUCCCCUGCAAGGAGGCGAACAUGGGCAAGUGCGCGUGGGACGACGAGCGGUGGCAGAAGGAGGGCAACAAGAACUUCCCCAAGGGCUUCUCCAGCGCCCACUCCCCGGGGUACUUUUUGCGGCCCGAGGCUAUCGAGAGCCUCUUCUACCUGUACCGCAUCACGGGCGACUCCAAGUGGCAGGAUAUGGCGUGGGACAUGUUCCAGAGCAUCAAGAAGGUCACCGAGACCAAGUAUGGCUUCUCCGCCAUCGAGGACGUCACGAGGGGCGGCUCGCCCAAGAAGCUCGACCAGAUGGAGAGCUUCUGGCUGGCCGAGACGCUGAAGUACUUCUACCUCAUCUUUUCGGAGCCCGACUUGAUCAGCUUGGAUGACUAUGUCCUCAACACGGAGGCGCAUCCGCUGCGGAUACCGAAGCCAUGA